AUGCAGCUUUCACCUGGCGCUACAAGCUAUCGUCAAAACAUACUGGACUAUGCCAAGCGUUCAUACACACGUACACUUUUCUUCGGGUACCAUUACAGGUUUCUUGGGGAGUUGUUUCGAGCGGACGAAACUCAUCUAACCAAGCAGUACCCCGAUCUCGAAGCAUACUAUCUCGCACAUAUAUCCGUCUAUGGACCUUCUACUGAUGGAUCCGAAGGAUCUCCUGGUGGUUCAUAUAUCCGAAGACAUGCGUAUCUCAGCAACCUCCAAUUCGUUAUCGAACAAGACAUAUCCAUAACUGUCGAGCGCAACGGGGAUGGUUGGACUGAUGUGGGAAGCAGAGACCUGUCUGAAAGUCGCGAAUACCAUCGAUUCAUAGAUGACAUGACAGCAAAUACGGCUACAGGACACCGAGAUAUCCGCCUCUUGCCUGUCCACAUACUGGGAAUGGAGUCGGCCGUUCGACAUCCUUGGCCGCUGCCUUUGUUCGAACCUGAGAAUCCGCAAGCCAUGGAUGGUUCUCUCGUUCAAACGGCCUCUCAUUUGCCAUCGGAGCUGCAUGUGAUGCUUGAUGAUCACGUCAUUGCUGGCCAAGAUCCACUAUAUGCCCUCGCGCCUGUACUCCUAUUCGCGGCUGCCUCGGAAAACCAACUACUAUCGGCUCUUCAGAGAUGGUAUGACAUCAUCGCAUCGACCACUUGGGAUCGGAAGUACUCAACUGAGCAUCUGGAGCAGCUCAUAUUGCACAAACACCUUUUAGAUGACCACGCAAAUCGACACGAAGAUGUCUUGCGCUUUAUCAAAUCACCCGUACUAGCUCGAUGGGCGAGUGCUCUUACACAAGACCAGCAUGCUGUAGCUCAGGAAUCCAAGGAUGCUGUCAAAGCCGACUUUGAGUUUCUUUUAUCACGAUAUCGCCAACUUUCGUUACACUACCAGGACGCGAUAACGAUACUAGUUAGCGCUACUUCGCUCGCAGAGUCUCAGAAACAAAUUACUCUUGCUACGCAAGUCACGAAACUGACUAUCUUGGCGACCAUCUUCCUCCCACUGUCGUAUUGUACUUCGAUAUUCGGUAUGAACUUUGUUGAGCUAGAUCAAUUGAGCAUAUGGAUCUGGGUAGCUGUUACGGUGUCUGUCGGGCUCUCAACUCUUAUUGUGUAUCAAUGGAAUGAGCGGCAAGGACUGGGGGUGUUUUGGACUAUGGUAAUGACUAGAGUUUGGAGGAUGCGCUUGAGACGUAGUACCUCAAUGACAGUGUAG